CAUAGGGUAGGGCGGACCAGGCUGCUUCCAAAAAAGUAUUAGAUAUCCAGAGGAAUUCAAUCUGCCCCCCCCCCCCCCUCCCCCCUACCAAGGAGAUAUUUCUGAGGCCACUGGAAGAUUUGGUUCACUUCAGCCCCGACUCCGCUGCGCUCGCUGCUCCUUCCUCGCGGUCUCUCUCUCUCUCUCUGUCCCUCGCCACCACACACCGACAGCCAUGGAGGCCAUCAAGAAAAAGAUGCAGAUGCUGAAGCUGGACAAGGAGAACGCCUUGGACCGAGCCGAGCAAGCGGAGGCCGACAAGAAAGCAGCCGAGGACAGGAGCAAGCAGCUGGAGGAUGAGCUGUUGUCGCUGCAAAAGAAGCUGAAGCAGACAGAGGAUGAGCUCGACAAGUACUCGGAGGCUCUCAAAGACGCGCAGGAGAAGCUGGAGUUGGCGGAGAAGACGGCGACAGACGCCGAGGCAGACGUGGCCUCUCUGAACAGGCGCAUCCAGCUGGUUGAGGAGGAGCUGGACAGGGCCCAGGAGCGCCUGGCCACCGCCCUGCAGAAGCUGGAGGAGGCUGAGAAGGCCGCUGACGAGAGUGAAAGAGGGAUGAAGGUCAUUGAGAACAGGGCCCUGAAGGAUGAGGAGAAGAUGGAGCUGCAGGAGAUCCAGCUCAAGGAGGCCAAGCACAUUGCUGAGGAGGCUGACCGCAAAUAUGAGGAGGUCGCACGUAAACUGGUCAUCAUUGAGAGCGACUUGGAGAGGACUGAGGAGCGAGCUGAGCUGUCUGAAUCUAAAUCUGCUGAGCUUGAAGAAGAGUUGAAAACUGUGACCAACAACCUUAAGUCACUGGAGGCACAGGCUGAGAAGUACUCACAAAAGGAAGACAAGUAUGAAGAGGAAAUCAAAGUCUUGACUGACAAACUGAAAGAGGCUGAAACCCGUGCUGAGUUUGCAGAAAGGUCUGUGGCCAAGUUGGAAAAAUCCAUUGAUGACUUGGAAGAGAAAUUGGCACAAGCCAAGGAAGAAAACCUCAACAUGCAUCAGAUGCUCGAUCAAACCCUGCAGGAGCUUAAUAAUUUGUGAGCGGCGUAGCUUAGCUGCGCACAGGUUGCCCUCUGUUGCCAAAGCCCCGACUUGAGAACAGGGGCAGCCUGCAUUUACGUGGAUGUUCGGGGAAGGGGCUUGAAGCCUGGAAUCAGACACGCAUGAUGAAUGAUGAACCAUUUGAUGGCAACACUACUGUGCAAUUGAAUCGAUUGCAAAUAAAAAACCUGCAGUAUCUCAAUUUACACUUAAAGUUACACUUUAUUAAGAAACACUCUCCCAAUUGUUUAAAAGUACUCCAAUUGCAGGCUUUUUGUAAUUCUAAAAAAUCGUUCUCUUUAAAAAUAAUUGGCUCCACCCUCGAUUUUGAUGUUUUCCGGAAUUUUAAUUCCUUACCAAAUGUCUUACACCCCUGCUUUAUGUUCUUUUUGCUGCUUGAGUUUUUUUUAACGGACAAUUGCACUGCUAACCAAACAAAGGUGGCGUUUGGAGCAACAUUUUAAACCCACUUUUUUUUUGGUAAAACACUGGGUUUUUAAAUGCCAGCAAGUUUCCUUUUGGAGGGAAGAGGAGGAAAAAGGAAUGUUUUAAUUGAAGCUGAGGGUACUGCAGCCAAGAAUAUUGCCUGCUUAGUCACAAACUCCGUAGCUGCCCUUGAGACCAAGUCACUUGGACUAAUGUCCGAGUCAUAAUCUUCCCAUCUUUUAGUUCAACAUUCCCCAAUGUGGUUUGAAGUCAACUUUUUUAAAAUGUCACAAACUUAACCCACAAAUUUGUAUCUUAAAUAUGAGCAUGCUUGAGCUCUCCACAAAAUCACAAUGCAGUUUGUUUUACGAGCGAUGUUAAUGGCAUCACAAAAGUUUUGGAAUAUAUUUGAUAAAUCAAGCACUCUGCUUGCAAGUUGAGGGAUGGGCUGAUCAGAAAUGUUGUCACAAUGGAGUAAUUAUUAAAGGGGUGUCUCCAUGCCAACCCUGUUUUAUCUUUUCUUUGGUGAGUUAUUGAGACCACAAACUUGAGAAUAACAACAUGGCAAAAUUAAUUGUCUUUUUUCUUUGUACUCGAUGGAACAUUGUACAAAAUGCAUUAAAAAAUAAAAUCCAAAGACUAUUUUGUUGCAAAAACGUAAUAACGAAUGGAACAUUCUAAGUCUUCCCUGUGCACGCUUAAUUGUGAAUUGGUUUAACAAUAUAUCUGUCCAUAGACUGUAUAAUGGUAAUAAACACACACUGAUGA